AUGUCUAAUCCAACUUUGCAACCACCAUCAACAACAACCGAUCCCUACCAAUGGAUCAAAAUCCAACAUAAUCCCAACGAUACACUCACUCGAAAUCUUGAAGAUCCACACACUUCACCUUCAUCAGAUCCCACUCUCCCAAUCUCUGUUCUAACCAAAGAUAUCACCAUCAAUAAUUCAAAGAAAACGUGGCUACGAUUAUUCCUACCUAAAAAAGCAACUGUUUCAAACCAAAACAACAAACUUCUACCACUCAUUGUUUUCUUUCAUGGAAGUGGCUUCAUCGUAACAAGUGCAGCCUCCACUCGAUUCCAUGAUUUUUGUGUCGAAAUGGCUGAAACUGUGGAGGCUGUGGUCGCAUCGGUAGAUUAUCGUCUUGCGCCGGAGCACCGGUUGCCAGCGGCAUACGAUGAUGCUAUGGAGGGACUGAGUUUGAUAAGAUCUAGUGAAGAUGAAUGGUUGACUAAACAUGUUGACUAUUCUAAGUGCUUUAUAAUGGGGAAUAGUGCUGGAGCUACAAUUGCAUACCAUGCAGGACUACGUGUGGUUGAAAAUGUGAAAGAUCUUGAACCGUUGAAAAUUCAAGGGUUGAUAUUGCGUCAACCAUUUUUUGGCGGGACCCAGAGGACUGAGUCUGAGGUGAGAUUAGAGAAUAAUCCUCACUUUCCAUUGUGUGUUAGUGAUUUGUUAUGGAAAUUAGCAUUACCAAUUGGAGUUAACCGUGAUCAUGAGUAUUCCAAUAUAACGGUUGGGAAUGAUGUUGGUGAAAAAUUUGAGAAGAUUAAGGAUCAAGGGUGGAAGGUGCUGGUGAGUAUGAACGGUGGGGAUCCACUGGUGGAUCGCAGUAAAGAAUUGGUGAAAUUGAUGGAGGAAAAAGGUGUGGAAGUGGUGAUGGAUUUUCAAGAAGAUGGUUUUCAUGGUGUUGAGUUUUCUGAGGCAUCGAAGGCAAAGAAUUUCAUCGAAUUGGUGAAUGGUUUCGUUUCCUCUUUCUCUUCUUAG